AUGUUCAAUUUCAGAAGCAUGCUGAAGAUACUACAGUUCCUGAAAUUAUUUUUUUUUCCUUAUUCAUAUUUCCUCCAUGCAAAAAAAACUUUUGCUGGGGAAAUAGUGUUUAUUACUGGCUCUGCAAAUGGGAUUGGAAGGCAGAUUGCCUUAAAGUUUGUUCCUUUGGGAGCAACAUUGGUUCUUUGUGACAUUGAUGAAGAAGGUAACAAAGAAAUAAGCAGAUUGGCCCCAAAAAAUUGAGCUAAACAAGGGUUUGACUGCCGCUGUGACUGCAGCAAUAGGGAGGAGGUCUAUGAACAGGCAGACAAGGUGAGAAAAGAAGUUGGGGAUGUUAGUAUUCUAAUCAAUAAUGCUGGCAUACUACUUGGGAAAAAGUUCUGUGACAUUCCAGAUGCAGAUUUUGAAAAGACCUUAAGAGUCAGCUUCUCGUCUCAAGUCUGGACUUGCAAGGCCUUUCUUCCAGCCAUGAUGACCUGUAGCCAUGGACACCUGGUUAGCACAGCCAGUGCAGCAGGAUUGUUGGGCAUCUACAGGAUGUCAGAUUAUUCUGCAAGUAAGUGUGCAAUCAUUGGAAUGAUGGAAGCCACAGAACCAGAACUCUAUCAUGCAGGAAAACAAGCCAUUAAAACCACAAUCAUUUGCCCUUAUUUUACUAAUAUUAAAUUAGCCAGUGGUUUUCAAAUCAAAAACCCACUUAUUCUUCUUGUUUAUGAUGUAGAGUAUACAGCCAGCAAGAUCAUGGAUGCAAUUCAAAAGGAAAAGUUUUAUUUGAUCAUGCCUCUGACUUCAUACCUUUUGCUAUCAGAAUGUAAGAAUGUGACUCUUCUUCUAGCAUUGCAUUCUUUCCUUUGACAUAUGCCUGCAAAAUCAGUGGGAAUGUUUAGUAAAAACAA